GGUCAGAAUUGGUGGAUACUUUUGAAAAAUUGCCUAGAACUCCUUCAAACUUUAACAUUCCUAAACUAUACCUCAUUUCUUCUUCUUCUUCUUCUCUCUCUCUCUCUCUCUCUCUCUCUCAAUCAGCGUACUACUGGGACUCUGCAAUUGUUGAUGGCUUCCUGUUCGGGAACGAGCCCUGAAACCAGAGAUGGUGGAUCUACUUUACCAGAACCAGAUCCACCUGAGUUGAGGAAAUAUACUUAUGAGGAACUAUCAGAGGCAACACAUCAUUUCUCCAACAAAUAUCGGCUUGGCUCAGGUGGUUUUGGUGAUGUAUUCAGAGGAUCAGUAGAUGGUGAAGUGGUUGCUAUCAAGAAACUUAAAUACAUAAACGAUGAAGGGCCACAAAAUAAAUUAGAUGAGAUUGAGUACCUUAAAAGAGUGAGUCACCCAAAUCUUGUUAAGCUGAUUGGUUACUGCUAUGAAGGCGCCAAUAAAUUGCUUGUCUUAGAGUUUGUUCCCAAUAAGACCUUGAGACAUCAUUUAGAUGGAGAAGAGGAUGUUUUAGAGUGGUCAAUAAGAAUGAAAAUCGCCAUAAAAUCUGCAUAUGCAUUGCAAUAUUUACAUGAAAAAUGUAAAAUUAUACACCAAGAUAUCAAGACGGAUAAUAUACUGCUUGACUAUGAAUUUGAGCCAAAGGUUGCAGAUUUUUCGCUUGCCAAGUUUUUGCCAAAUAUUGGUAGUGUUGGCCAUAUCACCAGUGUAUUGAGGGGAAAUAAUGUUUAUGCAGAUCCAGAGCAUGGAAUACAAAGAGUUUCUGAAAAGUCAGAUAUAUAUUCCUUUGGCAUUGUGCUUUUGGAGCUAAUUACCGGAAGAAAGCCACUGAGUGAAAGUGAUAAUAUUGCUAAUUGGGCAAAAUCUCGAAUUGAAGAAGCUUUGAACAAUAAGAAAUAUAUGGAUUUUGUUGAUUUCAAAUUGCAAGGGGCUUAUGAUGAAGGAGAAAUGCAAAGAAUGAUUUCUUGUGCUGCAGCCUGUAUAUACGAACCUUCAAAAACUCGACCAGACAUGAAACAGAUAAUUGAAAUUCUUGAAGGAACUAUACCUAUGGAGGGGAGGAUAUCUCUUCACGGAGGCGCUCAUAUUGAUCUACAAUCAUCACUUGGCAUUGCGAGCUUACAAAUUACUUCACCAAUAAUCUUUACUUAUCAAGAACUAGCAGAGGCAACAAAUCAUUUCUCUAACAAAUACAUGCUUGGAGAAAGUGGUUUUGGUAUAGUUUAUAAGGGAUCCCUUGGAAAUAAUGGGAUCGUUGCAAUUAAGAAGCUUAAAUAUAUUGGCGAAGAACAAAGCACAAGUGAAUUUGAGGAAGAGAUUAAGGCCAUUAGCCGCAUCUGUUACCAACAUCUUGUCAAGCUUAUUGGAUACUGCAUUGAAGGAUUCAAUAGAUUGCUUGUUUCUGAGUUUGUUCCCAACAAGUCCUUGCGAUUUCAUUUACAUGAAAAUAUGAGAGAAACUAUCAGUUGGUCAACCAGAAUGACAAUUGCCAAAGAUAUUGCAAAAGGAUUGACAUAUUUACAUGAAUGGUAUAAGCCGAAAAUCAUACAUGGAAAUAUUAAGGCGGAUAACAUUCUUCUUGAUAAUACUUUUGAACCUAAGAUUUCAGAUUAUGGAUUAGCCAAAGAGAAUGUGGACCUUUCAGAUUCUUAUAUUCCCACUAUCUAUAAUUUGAAAGGAAAUUCCGGUUAUUUGGCUCCUGAGUAUAUCAAUGAUAGGAAGCUUACAGAUAAGUGCGAUGUCUUUUCCUUUGGUAUCAUACUUCUGGAGUUGAUUACUGGAAAAAGAGCUGUUGAAAAUGAAGGUGGUUUUCACAAUAGCUUGUCUAUUAGGGCAGUGCCUCUACUCAAACGAGCUUUGGACAAAAGCAAUUAUAAUGAUAUUAUUGAUGCCAAAAUACAAGGCAGAUAUAAUGAAGAUGAAAUGAUUAGAAUGAUUUACUGUGCUGCAUCUUGUGUGUAUAAACCAGCGGAUUAUCGCCCACGAAUGAGUCAGAUACUUGAAGUCCUACAAGGGAAUGUCCCUAAGGAAAGCAUAUGGUUAAGCAAUGACAACACUUACCUUUACCAUGGAGCACCGUUUGUACAUACCAAAUAGGAAAGUUCUUAGAUAUAUUAGCGUAUAAAUUAUUUUAUACACCUAAUCAAUGAAAAAAUCAUGUUUUAUAAUAGAACUUACCAUAUUUUAUAGAAUCCGCCAUUAUUUUAGGUCAAUUCUUAAUGAGGUGGAUACAUCCACGGUGUAGACAAGAAUCACUCACCCAUUGAAAUUUUAGGUUUGGAACUCUACCCAAGGUCUGUUGAGGUGAUAAGGCUCCUCAAAUGCAAUUAAUAUUACCAUCUCUUUUCAUA